AUGAAAAAGGUGAAGAGUGGUGAUGGUGCAGAUGACAGAUAUGAAAGUAAAUGGAAGUUUUUCUCUGCAUUGAAGUUCAUUGUACCCUGCUUUAUACCAACAAAAACUACGUCAAACAUGAGUAUCCAGAAAAACUUAGAAAGUUCGCAGAGUGAGCCAACCCUAAAUGAACCAACACCGAGUAAAAAAAAAGUUUCCAACAAAAGGCAGUCCCAAACUAACAAUGAUGAAGAUACAUAUUUAAAGGAAGCCAUUGACAUUAUGGAAAAGCCGAAAACCGAUUUUGAGCGCUUUGGAGAUUACGUCGCUUUGGAAUUAAAAUCUUUAAAAUCAGAUUACUACAGAGGGCUACUGAAAAGUGAGAUUCGUAAAUCAAUAGCAAAUAUUGCUGAAAUGGACGAAAGAAGCCACUGGUCUACCUAUUCAAGUACAAAUUUUUCAUCAUGCUCCACCCCAAUGCCUACGCCAUCACCUACUUUCGCUGAGAACAUUCCUCCGUCAACAAGUAAAGAGCCUCAGACAACCCAAGAAUAUUAUGAUUCAUUCACUGAUUUGUUUUAA